AUGGACGAUAGGAUGGAUGAAAACCAAGAUUGCGAUCAAGAAACGCAAAAAGAUAUGGGCAAAGGGGAAAGAGAACCGGAAGAGAAAUUGCCGGAAAACUCAGAAACUAUGACCCAGAAAAUUCCGUCGUAUCGGGAAUCUCUAAUGGGUUUCAAUGGAGUUGCAAAUUGGUCUAGUGUAAUGGAGGAAGAUGACCUUCUUAAAGGAGAUGAUGACUUUUACUGGAAAAUGCCAGAGCCCUCAGAGGAAGUUAAGAAACUCAUGGAAAUCUACCUAGUUGUGCCAGCCACACAAGAUGAGUUCAAUGAGUGGUGUGAACCGUGGAAUCAUUCUCUGAUUCUGACUAUUCUAGGCAAGAGAUUUAAUCUAUACUGGUUGAAAGAUUUCUUCAGGAAGGCGUGGGGAUUCUCAAGUUUUGAACUGAUCGACCUGCCAAACAACUAUUUCCUGGCCUGUUUUAUAGAUACAAAACAGUGGAAAAACCAUUACAGGAAAGUCUUAUGUGAGGGGCCGUGGAUCGUCAGUCAACAUUGCAUAUUAGUGCAACGAUGGAACCCUUACUUUAAUCCUUGCCAGAACCCGCUAGGGCGAGUGGCAACAUGGGUUAGAAUUCCAGACAUUCCAAUGCAUUGCUAUAAUCACCAUUUUAUAUCAAGAUUGGGGGACAGGAUAGGAAGAACUCUGAAAGUGGAUCUUAAGACCCUCGAAGAUUUCAGCACCAGAAAUGCCAGAGUUGAGCGAGGCAGAUUUGCAAGGAUUUGUGUGGAAUUAAACUUGCAAAAGCAACUGGUCCCAAAAAUCAUUUUUGCCGAUUCAGUUUUUAACGUGGAAUACGAAGGUUUGGGAUUCAGACAUAAGCGUGAAGCAUGCCCUUGGAAAGGUAGUUCGGCCAACCCCUCUGAAAGGAACCCCUCUCCGUCUCAACCCACACCACAACAAACAUAUAAACCGGAAAACCCAGAAACAGCCGGUAGGGAGAAAUUCGGUGAAUGGAUGAUAGUCUCCCGUUCAAACAAAGCACGACUAUUGAGAUAG